AUGGUUUGGAACUAUGCCGUCCAAAUCUUCUACAACCCCAUCCUCGCCCUCGUCAAGCUUUCCGUGCUCAUCUUCCUCUACCGGCUCUUUGCUCACAAGCGAGGAGUCAAGCUCUACAUUGUCGGGCUUUCGGGAGUUACCCUGGUGCAGUUGGUGGCUGUGGCUGGCGCCAUCAUCUUCCAAUGCACCCCCAUCGCCUUCAACUGGACGCCCACCCUCCCCAAUGGACGUUGCGUGGAUCAGAGAUCCCUCUACGUGUCGACGGCGGCCUUCACGAUCCUAACAGACGUGCUGGUCCUCGGAUUGCCCGCAUACAUCUUUAGGGAUCUUAACAUCCCCAAGAAGACCAAGAUUGCCUUGCUCGUCGUUUUCCUCAUGGGUGGACUUGUCACUGCGGCAAGCUUCGCCCGCCUCAUGAUUCUCGUGGUCGGCCUCUAUAACCUCGCUCCCGUGGCCAACCCUGACCCUACCUACAACAUUGGUUUCGUCACCUCGGCCAUUGAGACCAACUUGGCCCUCAUCACCGCCUCAGCGCCUGCGCUCAUGCCUCUUCUUAAGUCGUGGUUCCCCAACGUGUUUGGCCAGAACAACAGCGAGCCAAGCGCGCGCGACAGGGGCACAAUGCGGCACCUUGUCAAGCCAACGACGCCGAGGAAGAGCGACGAGGAAGGCCUUUACACCGUUACAACGGGUGGCCAGGCGCGUUAA